GAAUUUGAUUGAUAUUAUGGAGGUCACAGGGUCAUCAAUCAAUCAAUCAAUCAAUCAGUCAGUCAGUCACCCAAUAACAUCAAGCUUGCGUUCAGGAAGAUUCGAAAGCUGUCAAUCAAACACGUAAUAUCAAUAUUGCGACGCGUCAUUGUUCCUGUGUCACUGUUACCGUGUCAAGCAAAGCAGACCGACUCUUUGUACCGAGAAAUACCUCUGUCCGCCUGUUCGUGUCCGUGUAGUGCGAUAUCACCACUACCGUCGCGAAGUUAUCAUCUUUUUUCAARCAAAGCCGAGCAAAGAACUAARAUUCAUGGCGACCCGAGACGGCACGAAGGACGAAGCAAAUGCUGGCRUGGUUGCCGAGCCAAUGCCGGGGUACGAAAAAGACAACACAAUGGCCAUGUUCAUCAUGGCGGGAAUGGUGGUUUCUUCCGCAGGUUUCGCYAUGUACACAAGGCAGRCAGACUCUUUGCUAAAGCGAAUGGGACGUGCUAGUAAARUACAAGGACUCGGAAACAGUGCUUCUUACAAGGUGGCGAACCCCAAAUCGAAGCUUGUCUCGAAGAAGUCGUUAGAAACUAACAACAAACGAAAAACAUUCCACGAGAAAGAUGAUAUCUUUUGAAACACAAGAAUCGUAUUCGGGUCGUUGGCACAGUCAGUCGCGGGUCAUGCAGGAAAUCGAUAAAUUCGAAUUCUAUACCACACAACGAAUCGAGGAACAUUCGAUCCAAAAGAAAAAAGGAUGACGGAUGUGACACUGCWWUUAUAAAUUCGAGCAUCUUUGUGCUCCUAGAAGAGGGUCGUCUUUGUUAGGCAGCCAUUAAGCAAGCCUAACGCAAAGCAUAGCAAUUGAAAAUAGCAAAAAUUGGUAACAUGAUUGUUGAGUCUUCGUGAUGGAUUUUCAGUAUUCGAAGUACUCAUAGUCUUCCAUUGGUUCAAGCUCAGCUUCUAAAAAUGGCGAAAAUUCGAAAUGCUCAGGAAUCGAAAGCGAUAUCGACAUGGACAUGCUCAUUGCAGUGUCGAACACUGUAGGGACAUGGGAUCUGGUUGGUGAUUCGAUUGGUAGAAUUGGAGGUUUUGUUUGCAACGCAAUCGGGACAUUUGUUGGCGAUAGGAUAAUAGGCGYUGGUUUAUCUGUUGGUCGUUUCGAUGAUUGCUGCAUCGGUUUAAGGGUUGGUAUACAGGAUGGGCAUUUGGAAGCCUGGUCGGUUGGUUCUAYGGUAAUAUUUACAGAAGGAAUUUCUGUUGGAGGCAUACCUGUCGAGUUUACUGUCGGCGUUGGCGUAGAAGAAUCAGAUGGGUUUUUACUUGUGCCUCSAKAAGGUUCUUGAGAUGGCAGAGAUGAGGUUGUCAGUGCUUGGCAAUGUCCUAGUAUUGGGUCGCUUGAUUGGCCCUGUGUGGUUGAUUCGAAGCAGGGAAAGGCAGCACGUAUUUCAGUUUUUUUUUUUCCAUUCUGGUGUGAGACGAUUUUGAUGAACGAAGAACAAUUUCUCGAAAAAAAAAAAAUAUAUAUUUGGAAAAACUUACAAACACCACCCAACCAACACUUUCACCCAUUCGUAAGACUGGUGAUGUGUCACAUUCGUUGGUAAAUGUGAUGAUGAAAACAUUCAGUAGCGAAAUUCCGUCUUUGUUUCUCCCUCUGAGAUUGAGCUGAAGUGCUUUAGGAACCUGAUCUUGCUCAAUACUCGCUGCAACUUGUAGAUUGUUGAUUAUUGACGAAUAUCGAUAUGAUUCGCCAUUGAAAAGUUCCCCAUCUAUCCUCUCUUCCACAAGAACACUAUUUGCUUGAUCCAAUUCCAGUAUACUAACGCUAUCAAUCACAACCGGAACUAAGUUGUUAGUCGRUGCCCCAAAGGGACUAACCAAACACGAGACGCCUGCCACUCCAAACCCGGUAGUGAUAUUUGUAGGGGGACAUGUCGAACUAAAAUCUAGAACAAAUGUAUACGUUGACGGGCUGCAAGCACAGAUUUUGUCAGCACUGACACURUCAAUUCCUGUGUCGUGCUGCGCUCUUGCUAAUGUUGUCGAAUGAGUGUCAUUCGCAUCAAAGGCGAGAAGAACCAAAAGCCCCAUCACUAAAAUUGUGACUGUUUGGACUAGCGGCGAUAUCAACAUUUGGAAAUUGCAUAUUUUUAUUUUUUGAAAUCGAUUGGGAAACAAUGUGGAUCGGCAUUGAAUAUUUCGUCCUCUUCUGUGUCGUCUGAGCAGUUCUUUUUGUAUGCCCGCAGUGGUCAUCGCUCUUGUACUUCCUCAAGCUUCAUUGGAAAAAUACCACGAUAGUGACGAGAUUUGUUGUGGUUGUUAUCAGAAUUUAAAAGCGAUGAUCACCGAUUUGGCUGUUUCGGAUAUGAUGAUGGUUGUGAAUGUGGUCGUGGAAACGGCUGAUGGGCGAUAGACGGACUCCAUGGAUUUCCGUUGCCGCAUUUAGUGGCUGGGUUGCAUUUCAUUCCACCUUUUAAGUAAAGCCUAUCGGCAUCG